AUGGGGAGGAAGCGGGACGCCAUCCUGGACGCGCUGGAGAGCCUGGCCGCCGACGAGCUCAAGAAGUUCAAGCUGAAGCUGGGCGCGGCGCAGCAGCGCGAAGGUUUUCGGAACAUCCCGCGGGGCGCGCUCGCGAUGCUGGACGCCGUGGACCUCACGGACAAGCUGGUGGCCUCCUACCGCGAGGACUACGGCGCCGAGCUCACCGCGGCCCUGCUGCGCGACAUGGGCAUGCAGGAGGAGGCGGCCCGGCUCCAGGGGCUCGCGUGA